AUGACAAAAAAGUAUUCUACAAACGAUCUUAAACUGUCUAAAUUACUUCAUCGAGAUUUAAACUCUCCUCCAAUAGUUAUUGAUCAUGCCAAUGGUAAUAAUUUAUUCACUCAAGAUCAUCAUCAAUUAUUUGAUAGUGUUGGUGGUGCUGCUGUUAUAUCAGUUGGUCAUAAUAAUAAAGAAGUCAUUAAUGCCAUUACUACUCAAUUACAAAAAGUUUCUUAUUUACAUACCGGAGAAUUCACUGUACCAAUUGCUGAAGAAUUAGCUUAUGAAUUAAUUAAUGGAUAUAAUAAUGGAAAUGAUGAAAUUGAUUUUAAUCGAAAAAUUGUUAAAGUUUAUUUUGCCAAUUCUGGAAGUGAAGCUAAUGAAGCAGCAAUUAAAUUAGUUUUACAAUAUUUUUAUGAACAAGGAAAAUUUACUAAAACACAAUUUAUAUCUCGACAUCAAUCAUAUCAUGGGAAUUGUCUUGGUGGGAUGAGUUUAUCAGGUCAUAUAUCUAGAAGGAAACCAUAUGAAUCAAUUAUUGAUAAUUCACGAUUUUAUAAAAUUGAUCCAUGUUAUGAAUUUAGAUAUAAACAACAAGAUGAAUCAAGUGAUCAAUAUGUGAGAAGAUUACUUGAACAAUUUGAAACAAAAAUAUUACAAAUUGGUCCAGAAAAUGUGGCAGGAUUUUUCGCUGAAACUAUAGUUGGAGCAACUACUGGAUGUGUUUUAGCAACACCAGGUUAUUUCAAAGGAAUUCGAGAAAUUUGUGAUAAAUAUGAUAUCUUGAUGAUACUUGAUGAAAUUAUGUGUGGAUCAGGUAGAACUGGGACUUUUUUCGCUUGGCAACAAGAAGAACAAGGUUCAAUUAUACCUGAUAUUACUACUUGUGGUAAAGCCAUUACUAGUGGUUAUUGUCCAUUAUCAUGUGUUUUUUUUAAUAAAAAAAUACUUGAUGUUUUAUCUCAUGGUUCAAAUUGUUUUAAUUGUGGUCAUACUUAUCAAAGUUUCCCUAUUGCAUGUGCUGCAGCUUAUGCUGUGCAAAAAAUUAUUAAACGAGAUAAUUUAUUAGAUAAUGUUGUUAAAAUGGGAGUCAUUUUACAAGAAUUAUUAAUGAUGAAAAUUGAUCCUUUGGAUAUUGUGGCAAAUAUUCGUGGUCGAGGAUUAUUUUGGGGUAUAGAAUUUUGUAAAAAAAAAUCAACUUUACAACCAUUUGAUCCUUGUUAUAAUGUUGGUAUAAUGAUUGGAGAAUAUACUAAAAAGAAUGGUGUUGUGGUUUAUCCUGGUAAAGGAACAAUUGAUGGAAUUGAAGGUGAUCAUAUAUUAAUUGCACCAAGUUUCACCAUUACCAAAGAAGAAAUUGAAUUUAUUGUUGAUAUUGUUGCUAAAUCAAUUAAAGAAUUUAUAACUAAUGAAGUUGAUUGUUUUAAAUAA